UGGUGUUUCUAUGUUCUGUUUUGGCCAAAUUGCAUAUGUUGCAUUCGUUUAUUAUAUUCUGAAUUAGUAGCUGGCUAUUUGGAAUAAAUCAAGGUGUAACAGUUUCUCAUGUGAUUGAAGUAUGAUUUCUUUGAAUUCGGCGUAUGAACGAACCAACGUUGUUCAAUAGGAAAGGACUGCGAAUUACUUUUGGUGCCUAUGCCCGCCACCUUCCAGCCUCCACACAAGUCAUCAAUGUUUUCUACACACGUAGCCUCCUCAGUUGUUUAAGGGAUCACAAAGUCUAAGCUUCGCAUGUGCCGUGUUGUUUUAAGUGAAUUUUGAGUUUUAUUGUCGUAAAUUAUAUAAUUAGUUCAUAUACAAUCAUAUAAAUCAUAAAUAAAUCCAAACCAAAGAAGAAAAAACCACGAACAAUUUUAAAGUUCGUACAAAAUGGGGGAACGUUUCUAUAGAGGAGGCCUAAAUAGACAAGUCGGUCGCUGGAAGCGGAACACUCGGGAAGAACUGGAAUAUUAAUAAACAACGUAAAUCAGCGUAAGCAGCAAGGGAGCCGUGAAAAUGAACAAGGAGAAAGAUCACUACGUCGAGGCGUUCGAGAUGCUGGCCGUUUGAUAGAAACGGAAAAGUCGAAAACAUAUAUGUAAUGGAACAUUCCGAUCCCGUGCCUUAUCAACAGCUAUCGACAUUAUCGCCGACCACCGCACUAUACUCGAACUUUAACAACUCUUUGGAAGCAGGAACCGCAGAAAGACUACGCCUUAAUAAAACUGGGUCACAGGUCCACAGCCUAUAUGUCGGCGACGGUCAAGUGCAAAAUGCUUCUGAACCCUUAUCUUUUCCCAGCCACCUUAAUCUGUACCAAUAUGUUCGUACCCCGGCAAACUUCACUAUUAACAGCCGCAACCGAUAUAUUCCGUACUAUAACAAUCGUUCCUACUCUGCUUCAACAACUGGUUUCCCUAUAGCCAGUACUCCGCUGAUCAGCAGCCAUGCGCACAUCCAAGACCAACAAGGUGCAGCGUCUUAUCAAACGAUUGUUCCGCUUUAUCAGACCGCAAGCCACUGUGCGCAGCAACAUACAACAUUGGCAUCGGUAGCUCCAAUCGUGGACAAUUCAUUCGUUGAAAGCACCACUUGCCCCAUGGCCGGCAUCACCUCUCACAACAUCAAAAUGAAAAUGAUUCCUCCCAAUGUAUUGUUGCCUUGCUCCAGGCCUACGACAACCGCGGUGACCAUCCAAAGGUCAACCGGAGAAGACGGUGGAGAUAAAGAAGGUCAUACUUUUGCUAAGAUUACGGAGAUGAGCGAUGCUGUUACUUUGCAGAUCACCAACUUGGACUACUCGCUGGACGAAUCACAUAUACGCAGCUUUCUACUUAAUCAGCUUAAGCCCAUUACGCCAGUUGUGUCACUUGUCUUCGAGGGAAGCUCCUAUGCCAAAGUCACUGUUCCAGAUCUUUAUUUCGCAAAGCAGGUCGUCUCCAAUUUGCACCGCAAGAAGAUUGGACACAAACGCAUGCUGGUCAGUUAUACUCGAGAUUCCUCCCUCACCGAGGUCAACACACUCCGCUGCCAGGUCGCAGGACUUCUAAAGGAUGUCCCAUUCAACACCCUCCCCAUGUAUAAGUUUAGAGAACUAUUUCAGUCCCGCUUCAAAACCUCUAUCAGUGUUUUAGAUUUGUACAAAAUGCAAGACAUAUGUACCAUUAACUCGGAUAACAAUGAAGAAAAGUUUAUCAGCUUAAAUCCGGAAUUAGUAAACACCCUCGAUAUAUCCCCCUUAAUGGAAGGACUCCAACAUAGUGUUCCUUACUGUAGUAUUCAUUUUAAAAAGGAGCAGCACAAGGGAUGGGCCGAGCAGGAAAUCGAGCCACUACCAAACGUCUUCAUGAGCAUUUCGGAAAUUCAGAAACUAAUUUAUCCACUUCUCAAGGUACACACGGGGGAUAUUCCGGUGGCUACCCUUCUUCACUGCGUUAAAGAAGAGCUUAAUGUGUCAAUAAUGGCGAACGAAAAUGGCGUUAACUUGGAGCAUUUGAUCUGCUGUGUUCAGGGAAUUCAAGUUCGGGCAAACAAUUUUGGAAUUAAAAUUCUCGGAUGGUUAGAAAUAAACAAAGAAAUGCAAUCAGGAACUUUUAAUGCCAGUUCUAAUACAUGUAGCCUGACUGCAAGUGAUCGCACAAAUUGUGGAAGCUAUUUCAAAAACUCAGUUGCCGAUCCGCUUUUCCAAAUUUCCCGGGAGGUUAUAGAGCUGCUAAAGAUGUCACCAAAAUCAACUAUGAAAUUCAACCGUUUUAUUCCGGCCUACCACAAUCACUUUGGAAAGCAAUGUCGAGUUGCAGACUAUGGCUAUACAAAGUUAAUCGAAUUGUUUGAGGCAUUAUCAAACGUUGUCCAAAUUAUGGGAGACGGCGAAAAUCGUCAAAUUACGCUAUCCCACCGUAUUCAAAUACGCAGGUUUACAUCAGACUUAUUGCGUGUAUUGCGCGCUAAUGGUAACAACUCAGUCCUGCUUUCCCAGUUGCCAUUAGUUUUUACACAGACCCAAAAUAAAACUUUUGAUAUUACUGAUUAUGGAGUGUGCGACCUUAUAGACAUUCUAGACGGCUUGGUAAGCUCCAACAUCGUGACUUUAGGCGCAGCACAGAACGGAAAAGAUAUUCUUAUAUCAAUGCCAAAACGAAAGCAGACAAACAGUGAAUUGGAGAAAACGUGUGUGUUCGCCGGCGAAAUGGUUGAGCUCUUCCAAAACGCUCUUCAGUACACUAUUCUAUUUCAGAAGUUUGUACGGUCCUAUCAUUACCACUUUGCAUACCAAUGUCGUCUCAGUGAUUACGGCUUUCUUAAAUUGGCCGAUCUUCUAGAUGCAAUUAAUGGUUUGGUGGAAAUGAAGUUGACAAGUGAUGAGGACAAGAAAAUAGUUCUCUCCCCACAAGUAGCUAGAAGAGUUUUCGCUGAACAAUGUGAAAACCUAAUUCGCAAUGCCACAGGAAACUCAUCGCAUUGUAUGAAGCUAGAACAGGUGCUGGUAUUGCACAAAAAGAAAUAUGGCUACCAAAUUCAGCCGAAAACUUUGGGAGUCAUGGAUAUGGCUACGGCAGUUGAGCUGUUGCCUUACGUCGAGCUAAAGAAAAAAGAACAGGCCAUUUGGCUCAUCUGUCACAACAACGAUCAUGAAUUUCGUUUUCUUUGCUAUAGGGUGUGUAAGUAUGUCAUGGAAAGGGACCCUUCUGCAUCAGUUUGGACAAACGUUAGAGGUGAAGUUAAGUUAACUAAAUCUCAACAAUUCGUAAAACCAAUUGAAAAAAGCAUAUUGGUUAGGGAUUUCAAUGCUAAGUAUAAAGACCAUCUUUCAGAGUCAGCUCUUUUAGCCAUGCGACAAGCGAUUGAGGUAUAUGAUGAUGGUGGCAUACAGUGUAUUCGUCUUACCCGUUUCAUGAAGUUUAUAAUUGCCAUUGUGCGUAUGCUUGAACAGCGGCCAAGCAUGUAUCUCUAUGAGAUCAAGAAUGGUUUAAACUGUGGCCUUAGCACCACUUUUGAAUUCGGAUUCCCAAAUUUAUAUUCAGUGGUUGCAGCACAUAAAGACCUAUUCAGUAUUAACAACGGACCAACGCAAGAAAGAAGCGAGGUUUCCAUUAAUAUGAACUGUGAGCUUCGUCAAAGUUCUUUAAGCAAAGACCAGUGCGUCCUGGAAUCCCAGAAGCUAACAAAUUCCAAACAUAGAGCACAACGGAGCUUCCAUAGUCACAUUGGCGAGCAUAAUGGACUUCCAAUCAGUCAGCCCCCCCUGAAACGAAGCGCAACAAUCAAUAAUUGUUCAACAUUCCAAACAUAUCAUGCUGAUACCGACAUAUUUAAUGUGCCAGCGAAUUGUUUACCGCCAAGAACCAACUUAUCAUUGCCUAAUAGUUUCGGAUCAUCUCUGGAAAGUGGAAGUUUUUCCAAUAGUUACAGCAACAAGGAAAACUCUAUGAAAUCUCUUCACUUGUUCAACAGUUCAUUUAAUUCGUCUGGCGAGCUAAAUGCCAGUCUAGGCGCAGGAGAUUUAACAAAUAUAUCUUUAGGGACAGGUAUCGCAGUUGAUACAUCAAAUGAACCAUCCGAACUUUGGCGUAGACGUCAACAAAACUUUAAUCGCCCUAAUUCAUCAAAUUUUCGUAAAUCAGAUAAUGGAACUGACGGUACUUACACCAUUGGAAAUUACAUCGCACCACCAAUAGGAUCCAUUUACGAGCCACUAAAGUAUAAUGGUCAAGACAAAGAGAAAUUACCCUUUUGGAUUGAUCCCAUUUGGAGCAAAGGAUCGGAACAGCUCAGGCAUGACAUACUUAACAUUCGACUUCCUAAGGCCAGAACAACUAAAACGUUUUCCAAUAUACUUUCGCCUUACACCAUUUCGAAAAAUGAAAAUUUGAAGCGACAGUUGUUUAGUUUUGAUAAUCACGAUCGUAAAAUAGCUUGAUCACAACUCAUACUUCCAUUGUCAAAAUAACUUAAUGUAAUAACAAUAAUAAUUAUUUAAUGUGCUCAUUUAUAAAUUCACUUAAAUGACUUCCUAAGAAUGCAAAUAAGAAACAAUUUUCCAAUAAUUGUAAUUAUUUUGUGUUAAGAAAAAUUUUUUAACUUUAUUGUAAGUAAAUUUUAUUAUAUAAAUGUUUUAUAAUGUCGAAGUAUUGAUUGUAAAGAAAAUCAGGGAUAGCAACUGGAUCGGCCGUACUCAGUGCCAAAAGUUCUUACAAAUCCACAAAAUGUGUCGAAUAUAUCUCUUUAAGGUCCCAAUAAAUAAUUAUUUGAUAUUUUGCUUUUGCUUGCUUU